ACUAAUUUUAACAGAAAGUAGAACACAAUCGUCUUACUACACAAUACAUUACGAUACAAUGAUGGCGAGUCUCUGUCUCUCAUCGUCCCGGAUCGUUUCUCUCCACCACCAGAAACCUAUUCUUUCUUUAAAAGUCCGGCCUUGUACAUCGAAUAUCUCCGGCAUAGGUCACGCUACUGGUGCUGUUUCCUUCAAUCCGUUAAGGUUAUUGGCUGAUCGUCAUCGAACCAGAACCGCUUCGGUUUCGACUAGGGUUGAGAAACGGCGAAAGAGAGGGUCGAGUUUGGUGUGUUAUGCUUCUCCCGUUUCUGUCUAUAAUCUACAAUGGGUCUCUGCAAUUUCUUGCAUUGCAUUGAUUCUUGCAAGGGGUACUGGUAUCCAUAAGUCCGUUGUUGUUCCACUAUUCGCUCUACACGCACCAUCCAGCAUUGUCGCCUGGAUUAAGGGAGAAUAUGGCGUCUGGGCAGCAUUUUUGGCGCUUAUUGUUCGACUCUUCUUCACUUUUCCAGCUGAACUUGAGCUGCCAUUUAUUGCAUUACUCCUGGUGAUUGUUGCUCCACAUCAAGUUAUGAGCAUAAGAGGGAGGCAAGAAGGUGCUAUCAUAUCUUUAGCGAUCUCUUGUUUUCUUGCUUUCCAGCAUUUCUCAAAAGCAGGCAGCUUGGAGAAAGCAUACGAGAAGAGUUCAGUUCUUGCAACUGUAGCCAUUAUUGGUCUCACUGUUGUAUCACUUCUUUUCUUGUUAUAACUUUUCUCCUUUACCGCACAAAAAGAACUCUCAUAUGUAAAAAUCAGUGUAACAAUGUGUAUGAAGGGAAACAAAUAAUGUCAUAAUGAUGCUUGUAUUUGUUCUUUA